UAAUAAUUUCGCCAUAGCUGCUAACUAUUCUGCACUUAUUAGGGUUUCCAUUAUUUCAUUGUCAAAGUUUCUGUUAUCAGUUCUUGUAGUUAUCUGCCAAAGAUCUCAGUUUCAUACACACCUCAACCAUGGCUUCUUCUUUGUCAUCAAAAGAUCUUUUACAGGGAGUCGAUGAUUUAGGGCGCAAUGAUUCAGACCAAACCGUUCUGGAAAAACAUGUUUCGUUCUUCGACAGAAACCAUGAUGGCGUCGUGUAUCCAUGGGAGACUUUUGAAGGUCUUCGAGCAAUCGGGGCUGGUUAUUUCACCUCCAUGACCGGCGCUUUCCUCAUUCACUUUGCUCUCAGUGGAAAAACUCGUCCCGGAAAAUAUCCUUCUCCAUUCUUUCCAAUUGAGGUCAAGAACAUCCACAUGGCAAAACAUGGCAGUGAUUCUGGUGUAUAUGACAGUGAUGGAAGAUUCGCAGAAUUGAAGUUCGAAGAAAUCUUCAGAAAGUUCGCCCGUACGCAAGGGAGUGCCUUGACAUCCGGUGAACUCAUGGCGAUGCUCAGGUCCAACAGGGAACCAGGGGACUUCAAAGGAUGGGUUGGAAGCUGGAUGGAGUGGAUGACAUUAUAUAAUCUUUGCAAGGAUGAACGUGGACUGCUGAGGAAAGAAAUAGUUAAGGGCGUUUAUGAUGGAAGCUUGUUUGAACGUAUGGAGAGGGACAGAAAACCACACAAAGAUAGAUGUUGGAAUUGGAUAUAAAACAUGCUUCGUUCGAAUUCCGGAUUCGGUUCGAGUUGGUUUGAUUCGAUAAACUUUACGUAAAAGAUUUGAUUAAGAAUAUCUAGUGUAACUUUUAUUUAUUUAUGUAGCAUGUAUAAUGGCAGAAGUAAACGCAUCUGCUUGCCGAUGGAUUCGAA